AUGGCGACCACCUCGCAUAUGUUCAUGUACUCUCUGACCAUCCAACCACCUACUGCAAUCACACAGGCAGUGCUGGGCCAGUUUUCUGGAACUAAAGAGCAACAGGUCAUCACGGCUUCUGGCUCUAAGCUCACUAUCCACAGACCUGACCCAACCCUGGGCAAGGUUACCCCAAUCUUUUCCCAAGAUGUCUUUGGCAUCAUCCGCUCAUUGGCAGUGUUUCGGCUGGCUGGCAGCAAUAAAGAUUAUCUGAUCAUCGGAUCGGAUUCGGGUCGUAUUACCAUUGUUGAAUAUGUUCCCACACAAAACCGCUUCAAUCGGAUCCAUCUGGAAACAUUUGGCAAGUCCGGAGUUCGCAGGGUUGUUCCGGGACAGUAUCUCGCCGUGGACCCCAAGGGUCGUGCGUGCUUGAUAGCCUCGGUGGAGAAGAAUAAGCUGGUCUAUGUUCUGAACCGCAACUCCCAGGCCGAACUCACAAUCUCAUCGCCCCUGGAAGCACACAGGCCCCAGACACUAGUGUUUGCUAUGAUCUCUUUGGAUGUCGGCUAUGAUAACCCGGUAUUCGCUGCCCUUGAAGUGGACUACUCAGAGGCCGAUCAGGAUCCCACUGGUGAAGCGUACAAGGAGAUGGAAAAAGUCCUCGUCUACUAUGAGCUAGAUUUGGGUCUCAACCAUGUCGUCCGCAAGUGGUCUGAUCCAGUCGACCGCACCGCAAACAUGCUGUUCCAAGUGCCCGGAGGCGCAGAUGGACCUAGCGGUGUUUUAGUGUGUGCCGAGGACAGCAUCACCUACCGCCACUCCAAUCAAGAUGCAUUCCGCGUGCCCAUCCCGCGCCGCAGUGGCCCCACCGAAAAUCCCGAACGCAAGCGAACCAUUGUCUCGGGUGUGAUGCACAAAAUGCGUGGCGCAUUCUUCUUCCUUCUUCAGACUGAGGAUGGCGACGUUUUCAAGGUCACGAUUGAGAUGGCCGUGGAUGAGAACGGUCAAGUGACUGGCGAAGUGCAAGGUCUUAAGAUUAAGUUUUUUGACACUGUCCCAGUCGCCUCGAGUCUUCUCAUCCUCAAGAGCGGUUUCCUCUACGUUGCAAGCGAGGCGGGCAACCAUCAUUUCUACCAAUUUGAAAAACUUGGUGAUGAUGAUGAGGAGGUGGAGUUCAGCAGUGAUUCGUUCUCUGCGGAUCCUUCUGCUCCAUAUGAACCUGUCUUCUUCCGUCCUCGUCCAGCAGAGAACUUGACUCUCAUGGAAUCAAUCAACUCAUUGAACCCAUUGAUUGACAGCAAGGUUGCCAACCUGACAGAGGAUGACGCCCCUCAAAUAUACUCCGUCUGUGGUACCGGCGCCCGCAGUACAUUCCGAACUCUGAAGCAUGGACUGGAGGUCUCUGAGCUGGUGGAGUCAGAACUUCGUGCCGUGCCUUCGGCUGUCUGGACAACUAAGUUGACACGAUCCGACGAGUAUCAUAGAUACAUUGUCCUCUCCUUUGCCAACGGUACCAUCGUUCUGGGAAUUGGCGAGAUCGUUGAAGAGAUUACCGAGGAUUCGGGUUUCCUUUCCACAGCACCCACACUGGCUGUCCAACAGCUCGGCGAAGACUCUCUCAUUCAAGUGCACCCUCGAGGUAUCCGCCACCUUCUCGCGGAUCAGCGAGUGAAUGAAUGGCCCGCACCACAACAUCGUUCCAUCGUCGCUGCCGCCACAAAUGAACGCCAAGUUGCCGUGGCUCUCAGUUCCGGAGAAAUUGUCUACUUCGAGAUGGAUGCCGAUGGGUCUUUAGCAGAGUACGAUGAUCGGCGCCAAAUGUCUGGCACGGUCACCUGCCUCAGUCUUGGAGAGGUGCCCGAGGGUCGUGUUCGCAGUACCUUCUUGGCUGUCGGCUGUGACGAUUCAACUGUCCGCAUCCUCAGUCUAGACACAAAAAACAUGUUGGAAAACAUGUCUGUCCAGGCUCUCACAUCAGCACCCUCAGCUCUCAACAUCAUGGCUAUGGCCGAUUCGAGCUCUGGGGGCACGACGUUGUACCUGCACAUUGGUCUUUACUCCGGUGUAUACCUUCGUACUGUGUUAGACGAUGUGACCGGCGAGCUCUCAGACACCCGAACACGCUUCCUUGGUGCCAAGCCUGUUAAACUGUCCCAAGUGUCAGUUCAAGGUCAAACCGCAGUCCUUGCCCUGAGCUCUCGUUCGUGGCUCGGAUACUCUGACGUCCAAACCAAGAGCUUCAUGCUAACCCCACUGGACUACGUUGGUCUGGAGUGGGGUUGGAACUUCUCAAGCGAGCAAUGCUUGGAGGGCAUGGUCGGCAUUCAAGGCCGAAAUCUACGGAUUUUCUCCAUUGAGAAGCUCGACAACAACAUGCUCCAGGAGUCAAUUCCCUUGGCAUACACUCCGCGUCGCUUCGUUAAGCACCCGGAGCAACCCAUUUUCUAUGUCAUCGAAUCCGACAACAAUGUCCUAUCCCCUGCGACUUGCGAAAGCUUGAUCAAGGACUCAGAGGCCCGAAAUGGCGAAGUUACCACUCUGCCGCCCGCUGAAUUUGGGUACCCCCGUGGAAAUGGUCACUGGGCAUCCUGCAUCCAAGUGGUUGACCCCAUUUCCAACAAGGAAGUCGUUUUCACCCUUCAUCUGGAAGACAAUGAGGCGGCCGUAAGUGUUGCCGUUACGCCUUUCUUCAGCCAGGAUGAUGAGCUGUUCUUGGUUGUCGGAACUGCGAAAGAUAUGGAAGUCAGUCCUCCGAAGUCCAAAGGUGGCUUCAUUCAUAUCUACCGAUUCGCCGAGGAUGGUCGCAAGUUGGAGUUUAUCCAUAAGACGAGCACUGAGGAGCCCCCCCUUGCUCUCCUCCCAUUCCAAGGCAAACUCCUGGCAGGCAUUGGCUCCAUGCUUCGCCUGUAUGACCUGGGCGUGAGGCAACUACUCCGAAAAUCCCAGUCCCCUGUGGUUCCCCACACGAUUGUUGGUCUUCAAACCCAAGGAAGCCGCAUUGUGGUCAGCGAUGUUCGUGAGAGCGUGACUUUUGUGGUCUACAAACAACAGGAAAAUGUUUUAAUUCCUUUUGUGGAUGAUUCCAUUGCGCGCUGGACCUCUUCAACCACCAUGGUCGACUACGAAACUGUCGCCGGCGGAGACAAAUUUGGUAACCUGUGGUUGCUGCGAUGCCCGACCAAAGCGUCGGAGGAGGCGGACGAGGAUGGAUCUGGGGCUCAUCUUGUUCACGAGCGGGGCUACCUGCAGGGAACGCCCAGUCGUCUUGAGUUGAUGGUGCACUACUACACCCAGGACAUCCCGACUAGUCUGCACAAGGCACAGCUGGUGGCUGGUGGACGUGACAUUGUUGUCUGGACUGGCUUCCAGGGAACAAUCGGCAUGUUCGUUCCCUUCGCGAGCCGUGAAGAUGUCGAUUUCUUCCAAAGCCUGGAGACGCAGCUGGCUGUCCAGCAUCCCCCUCUGGCGGGUCGGGAUCAUCUCAUUUAUCGCGGUUACUACGCGCCGGUGAAGGGAGUCAUCGACGGUGACUUGUGUGAGAUGUACUUCCUCCUGCCCAAUAAUACGAAGAUGAUGAUUGCUGCAGAGCUAGACCGGUCCGUGCGGGAGAUCGAGCGUAAGAUUUCGGACAUGCGGACACGAGUAGCGUAUUGA